AUGCAUCAAGGGCUGACGUGCCCGGAAGUACAAGGAAGAGGAAGUGCAAGGAAGAACCGGGAUGGCAUCACCGCAUCCGCGUCUCCGAGCCCGGUUCAAAGACAACAAAUGCCAUGGCGUGAUCAAUUCCGUCAGCUCACUACAGAGCCCUGGCGCUCCGAGGAAACAUCUAUGGACCCUAUAAUGUACUCCCCAAACAAGCUGCAAUGCUUCAAGCUCCCUGCAUGCAUAUGGCACAACGUGUCUGUGCUACAGGCUACAGUUCCAGUGCCUGGGCACCCUGCGCGCGAGCCCGAUGCUUAUAGGUGA